AUGUCCCCAGCGCCCGGGCAGUCCCUCCCGGCUUGCCGCAGCUCUGGCUCAGCCGGCGGCUCUGGGACGGCGGUGUCGCAGGGUGUCUGUGCAGCCCAAGCCCUGCUGGGUUUGCAGGCAGAGGCGCAGGCGUUGAGCCGGCGGGGCAGCCCAGGGCCCCUCUCGGGGGGGGGGGGGGGGGCGCCCCCCGCCCUCUGCCUCUCCUACGGCCACUCCGACGACCGCUUCUGGCUGGCGCUCACCGUCUUCUUCGUCCUCUGCCCCUCCGUCCUGGUGCAGCUCACCCUCAUCUUCGUGCACCGCGACCUCAGCCGCGACCGCCCCCUCGUCCUGCUGAUGCACCUCCUCCAGCUCGGGCCCAUCAUCAGGUGCAUGGAGGCCCUGGUGGUGUACUGCUGGUCGGGGAAGGAGGAGGAGCCCUAUGUCACCAUCACCCGCAAGCGGCGGCUGCGGCAGGGCUACGAGGUGGAGAUGGAGCAGGAGGUGGGCCACUCGGUGCGCCGGCUAGCCACGCACCGCAACGCCUUCAAGCGCAUGGCGGUCAUCCAGGCCUUCCUGGGCUCCACCCCGCAGCUCACCCUCCAGCUCUACAUCAGCGUCCUGGAGAAGUACGUCCCCGCCGCCCGAGCCGUCCUCAUGGGCAUCUGCCUGGUGUCGGUCACCUACGGGGCGCUCGUCUGCAAUAUCCUGGCCAUCCAGGUCAAGUACGAUGACUACAAGGUCCAGCUGCGUCCGCUGGCCUUCCUCUGCAUUGUGCUCUGGCGCAGCCUGGAGAUCUCCACCCGCGUGGCCGUCCUUGUGCUCUUCAGCACCGUCUUCAAGCACUGGAUCAUCCCCAUCGCCCUGGCCAACCUGCUGGUGGUCUUCUUCUUGCCCUGGGUGCAGUUCUGGCGGAGCGGCACCCGCCUGCCCGACAACAUCGAGAAGAACUUCAGCCGGGUGGGCACGGUGGUGGUGCUCUGUGCCUUCACCCUCCUCUAUGCCAGCAUCAACAUGUUCUGCUGGUCGGCCGUGCAGCUCAAGCUGGCCGACCGGGACCUCAUUGACAAGUCGCAGAACUGGGGCCGCCUGGCCGUGUACUACGUGGCCCGGCUGGCGGAGAACACGGCCCUCGUCAUCCUCUGGUACUUCUUCAAGACGGACGUCUACGAGAACAUCUGCACCCCACUGCUGGUGGUGCAGCUGCUUCUCGGCUACUGCCUGGGCAUCUACUUCAUGCUCCUCUUCUUCCAGUACCUGCACCCCUGCCGCCAGCUCUUCCGGCACAACGUCGCCGACUUCCUGCACUGCGUCUGCUGCCGCCGGCACACGCCGGGGACCCCCCUGCGCCUCCAGGCGCCCCACGAGCCCGGCGUGAGGCACAGCAUCGUCUGA